AUGGCUAAAGAUACUGCUCUGAAUCAAGCGCUUACAAAAGCUUGCAGACCUGUCAUUUCGAAAUAUUGCCAGCAAUACAUUAAUGAAGAGAUUGAUCAUGGCGAUGUAUUGGAAUGUUUGUUGGAUAACAAAGGCCGGCCAGAAAUGACUUCCAAAUGUCGUUCAUAUGUUAAUCAUUUUGAGCUUAUUACUUUGCGCGACUUCAAAUUCGAUGAGCGUUUUGCACAGUAUUGUUCGAAUGACAUCAAGAAAUAUUGCACGGAAGUUAGCACCGACAAGGCAGACAUAAUUCGUUGUUUGUCAACAGUUAUGUUUGAACACAAAGUGCUGGGAACACCAGAUGACCUGGAAAAAGAUUGUAAAAAAUAUUUGAAGGCUGCAUAUCUUCAUCAAGAACAGGUGAAUUUCGAAGAUAAGUCACAUAUGUUGGAUGCUGAUCCUACGUUGAUGAAGAAAUGUAGCCAAGAAUUGGAUCGAUUAGGUUGCCGACAAGAAAAAUAUUUUGAAGAUGUGGUUGAAUGUCUACGUUCAAAAUAUGAUGAACUAGGGUUAGAGUGUAAAGCAGUUGUUUUUACACGGGAGAAAAUCGAAGCAAUGGAUAAUCAAUUCGAUGAUGAGCUUCAGCAUCAUUGUCGCGCAGACAUAGACAAAUAUUGUCAUGCAGAAGAAGGUGAUAGGGUGCUGGAAUGUUUGAAAAAUAUGAAGAUCGUGCGUUCUUUGUCAUCAAAAUGCCAAAAAAUUGUGUGGCAAAGGAUGCGAGAGCAAGCUAAAGAUGCGCGCUUGAAUAUUGGUCUUUUGGAAGCUUGUAGAGAAGAGGCCGAACAGUACUGUCCUGAUGACUACAAAAAAAUAAACGACCCACAGUAUGCAAAGAAAACACUGGAGGGUGUUUUCAUUAUGUGUUUGCGUUCACAGUACGCCAACCCACAGAAAUCAGUACAUUUGAAUGCUAAGUGCAAAGAUGAGAUAGCGAACAUUAUUUUGGAAAGCGAAUUUGAUGUUCGGUUAGAUCCACAACUGUACAAAGCUUGCAAGAACACUAUUUCAAAACACUGCUCUGCUGAUGUCAUCAAGCGUGGUGGAACUUUUGAUUCAGUUUUGGAAUGUCUCAAGACCGAUUUUAGGCUUAGUGCCAUUAGAGAUGCUGAUUGUACACAACAGAUUGCUAGACGCUUGCAAGAAUCAUUGGUUGAUAUCCAUCUUGAUCCGAUGCUGCAUGAAGCUUGCGCUAACGACAUUCAGCGAUUGUGUUACAAUGUGCCACCAGGGCAAAGUCGAUUAAUUGUAUGUUUACUGGAUUCGUUGAUGAGUGAAAACGCAAAACUUUCACCAACCUGCAGAGAUAAACUCACGGAACGAAAUAAUUUGUGGAAUAAAGCUUACAAGGAACAACAGAUGGCAUUGCCAGAAUCAUUUGCAGAAAUGGUGAAUAUUGUAGUAACCCAUCCCCAACGAAAUUCAUUACUCACGUGGUUUGGCGCUUUUAUCUUAAUACUGUUCUUCAUUGGAUGUUGUUGUGGAAGAGCAACAAAACGUAUAAAACAUGAAUUGAAGAAUCGUUGA